AUGCGUAAUGCGGAAAUUCGGAGUGGUGACAUCCGAAGUGCGGAGGUUCGAGUCCUGGAGACGCGAGCUCGGGAGGCGCGACCGACACGGCGUGCGGUGGGUCCGGUUUACUUGGCCGACGGGCACAGUGCGUUUUGUAUGCCAUGGUUGGUAUUGGUGCGAAAGCCGUAUGCACCAGUGAUGGCGACAUUGUGUGCAGUGUGGUUCCUGACGGCAUGGUCGUAUUGGGGGUUGGUGACAUAUUGUAACUUGUUCUUCCUGGAGUUGGGCGUGAAUGUGAACUUGGUGACGAUGUUAAAUUACGCGGUUCAGUUACCACUGCAUGUGGUGGCGUUCCACCUAAUGCGUGUGACCUGGGGUGGACGGCGUUCGGCGUUGAAAGUGUUGUCUGUGUUUGGCGCACUCGUGUGUGCGGCGCUUGCUUUCACAGUGGGUUUAGGCAUGAAGACCGUGUGGGUGUUGUCAGCAUUGGCGAUCGUGACGAUGGCGAUUGGUACAGCUCUUUGGGGCCCGCUGAUCAGUUACUCGUCGGAGCGUUUUCCGACUGAGUUGAGAGGGACAGCAAUCGGCGUCUUUAGUGCCUUCACGGGUUUGUCCACAUUGGCCACGUCCUACGUGGGUUCCGUGAGCUUCAACAGCCGUUCCAUUUGGUUGUUGCCACUCUUUUGGGGGGUGGCGCGAUGUGGUGUAUACCUAGCGGUACAACAAUUAGACUUCGAUAUCCGUGAGAACGAACUCAGCGACGAACGCAGCCACUGUUAUUUUUAG